CGAUAAUCAGCGACGAAUCGCCGAUCUUCUCCGUCUUCUCGAUCUCAGGUUCUCUCCAUUCCCAUUCUUUGUUUCAAUUUUCAGUUUGUUUUUCUUCUGUUGUUCUGCGGUGAUUAAACCCUAAUUCGAUCGCCAUUGAAGCACUCAAGAAUGCUUCAGCAUCAAAUUGUACAGUCCCCAGCAAGAUUGGGCUUGACGAACCCUAAUUCUCCUUCAAUUCAAAACCCUACCCCACCGAAAUUGCCCCCUUCUCAACAAUCCCACCACCAAAAUCAAUCCAAUCUUUCAUCUCCGACUCCCUCCUCCACGCUUCUUCCUCUCCUUCCUCCUCUUCCUAGAGCUCAAGCUCUUCUCCUGCAAAUGGCUUCUUUAGCUUCCAAGCUCUUCGAAGUUUACCCCAAUCGAGCCCUUUGGCUCACUGCAUUUCGGGGCUCUCUUCCCACUUUUCUUAAUUCUCAAACCCAGUCGGCUCCCUCUACGCCGCUUGAUUCUACUCCGUCUACUUCAAAAGAAAUUCUGUCACUGUUUAAUGUUCUGCAGACUCAGUUGUUUGAAGCUGUUGCUGAGCUUCAGGAGAUUCUUGAUCUUCAAGACUCUAAGCAAAAGAUUGCUUAUGAAAUGCGGGCUAAAGAUGCUGCUCUUCGUGCUUUUGCUAAUAAACUAAAGGAUGCUGAACAGGUUCUUGAUGUUUUGUUUGAUGAUUAUGCUGAUUAUCAGGGUCAUAAACGUGUUAAAACGACCGAUGAUGUCGAAAACGAGUCAUUGUGUUCGUCUACUACUGUUGCAUCCCAGUUGAAAUUAUCUGAUAUAUUGUCAUAUGCUCAUAAAAUAAGCUAUACUACUUUUGCACCACCUGAAUUUGGAGCCGGACAAGCUCCGUUGCGCGGGGCGCUUCCCCCCGCCCCGCAAGAAGAGCAAAUGCGUGCUUCCCAGUUGUAUAGUUUUGCUGAUCUUGAUGUUGGCUUGCCUAAAUCAGUUGAAAGCACUGAGAAAACCAUCGAGCCAAUGAUUGAGCCACCAGCUCCGGUGCCAACAGAUGCCAAUCCUUUAGCUCUGGCUGGUAUUCAAGGGCUGCUUCCUCCAAAUAUCACUGUGCCAUCUGGUUGGAAGCCUGGAAUGCCUGUGGAAUUACCUAGAGAUUUACCAAUGCCCCCUCCUGGAUGGAAGCCUGGGGACCCUGUGCCAUUACCCCCAUUGGACUCUCUUCCUGUUGCUAGAGUUGACGAGCCACAAUUGAGGCAUAAUGCUCUUCCAGGAUUACACAGACCUCAAGAGCCAAUUCAAGUUAGGCAUGUUCAGUUGGAUAUUCUCGAUCAAGACGAUGAUAGCAGCGAUUAUGCUAGUGAAGAAGGAAGCUCUGAAGAUGAUGAUUGAGGAAACCCGCCUGCUGGAUCACUGACUAAGGUGCCUAAAUGACCGUAUAGCGACGAAACGGGCAUGGGUGUAGAGAUAAUCACAAGGUUGCUGCUUAACCUUUACCUUUAAAGAGUGUGUAAUAGUUCACUGAUCCCUGAAUAUGAAUGGAGAUUAAGCAUGUUUACUUUGUUUUGAAUGUAAGCUAAUCAAACCCUCUUAGGAUACUGGAUGCACUUUGAACCUGAGUAAAGAGUGUCCUAACUUUAGUACCAUGUCGUUGGUCAGUCGAGUGCGUGCUUAAUAAGCUUUUAGUAAUUCAUGAAAGCUAUAGCCUCGCUAAUUCUCGUGAUACAAUCAUUUUACCUUACUAUAUUUGGUCGUCGAGGUGACUUGUAAUGAAACGAAAUGAAGAUUGCUGAUGUUGUAGCGUU